AUGAGUAUAACAACUAAUUCAUUGAAAUCUUUAAAGUUCACUAAUUCAGAAUUAGAAAAUAUUUUAGAAAAUUUUGGAGACGGUUCUUAUCCAACAUAUAUGCAGAAUGUGAAAGAGUUUUCCAGAUUGUUGAAUGAAUUUAAAUAUAACGGACCAAUUACUAAAAAGGCUAUAAUGAGAUAUUUAUAUCCCAAAAAAGUUGAAAAACAGGAGAAUAUUCCUCUUUAUGGUCCAGAGGACCUGGGCUCAGAGAGCCUUGAAACACCUCCUGAAUAUUUUGAAGAAAAAAUUAAACAAGAUGAAUAUUAUAACGAUGAGAUUGAGAAAUUGGAACAAUUAAGAAAUGAAAUAGAUGAAAAAAUUAAGGAAUUGAGAAAUGCUGAGAAUGAAGUAGAGGGUUUAAUGAAUAUCCCAGCUUCAGAAUCAGAAGUUCAAAAAUCACAUGAGGAAAGAUAUAAAAAUUACUUUUUGGAAUCUACUAAAAAUUUAUUAGAUGGUGAUAUUGACGAAACACUUUCAGAAGAAGGCACAAAAUUUAUUCAUAAACAUAAGUUACAAUUUAUUGACGAUGGAGAUUAUCCAU